UAGAGAUCAACUCAAUAUGUAGCUGUAAUGGAACAAAACUGAAAUGAUAACUUUAAGGUUGCUUAUUGGAACCUUUUUCUAUUCCGUUACAGAAUCUAUGUCAACUGACUGUCGAUUGCCAGGAGUGUUAUAUCAAGGCACCAAAAACGUAACAGAAACUGGCAGACCGUGUCAAAGAUGGGAUGCACAGAGCCCACAUGAACACGAUUAUUAUGUUUUUAGCAUUGCACAAGAGAAUUACUGUAGAAAUUUCGACAGAGAAGAGCCAUGGUGUUUCACCAAUGACUCUGAUGUCCGCUGGGAACUCUGUGGGGUGAAAAUAUGUGGAACACCGUGUCUUAAUCAGUCUUUUUAUACCAAGGAAAUAAGUAGCCAGUGUGUUUCUGGUAUCACAAGUGUCAGUGAAUACUGUAGCAAUAUAUUAAACCUAAUUUCGUGUUUGAAGAUGAAUAUUGAAAAUCUCACUGGUUCCAGUUGUCCCCAGAUUACAUGGCGAUCUAUUGCUCUGCAAAUAAAGGGCACUUUGGAAGAGUUAACAGGGAAGUCCAUCUCUCAAUGCAUUCUUUCACCAUGUCGAGAUCCCAGUAUGAUAGGUGAUUCUUUUGUGGUGAUUAACUUUGCUAUCCCUUGUUACAAUCAAUUCUUCAGGAAUGUAACAGGAGAUGAAUUAUGCCGAAUAGAACAGCGUAUUGGGCAUUGUAUGAUAUCAAGGGUACAGGACAGUGACAAAACAAACUCUACUUGUGUCGUCAAAGAUAAAAUAAGCAUGGUUAACAGGUUUUUGCCUCUUCUUCCUGCACAGAUUCAACACAAUGUUAGUCUUUGUAUCAAAUACUUUUUUUCUGAAUUCCCUGUGCCGCUGGAAAAUAUAACAGAUACUAAAAUGCCUGCAGGAAGUCCAGAAACAAACUCUGAUUUUUCUCAAACAGCGAUUUUUCUUGCGGUGGGAUUUGCUGCUGCAUUAAUAUUUGCUGUAAGCUUUGCAAUCACCAUAUACAAAAUAAGAGCAAUAACAUUGAGGAAAAGACGGAAAGAAUUAAUGCGACUCCCAAGUAUCCCAAAGUCAAAGGACCCCCAAUACGAAAUAAAAUUAACCUAUCAAGAUGGUACGUAUUCCGACCCCGAUUAUGAAAUCGUAGAGGAACAAGACGAGGGUUAUGAACAUUUACCCGGGCAAGGAGUAACUCUGCGUCUUACAGAUGAGGAUGGGCCAUAUGCAGAUCCUAUCAAUGCAGAUGGAGCAUAUCUAGAUGUAGUGCAGAGCGAAAAAGAACCUAAUGAUUAUGUCAACGUUUCUCCUUAUAUUGAUUUAGUAGAUGAUACAUUUGAUGAUCAUUUUAAGUCAGAGGCCGCGGGAAUUUUACAAUCAGAGACUUCUGAAAUGUAAUUUACCUGAGAGCAUAGAUACAGAAAGAAAUAAAGGGCUAAACGAUGAUUUUCCACCAUUAUAUAGAGUGUAUAUGUAUUUUGAAUACUGAUGGUUUUCGAGGCUGCAUGACGAACGUCUGGAUGUGAAGAAUUAAAAUAAAAACUAUCCUACGGCUUUCCUAUACAUAUUCGUUUUGUUGUUGUUGUAUAUUUCAUCUGCAAACGUUAUUAAUAACAAAAACCCCACCGUUUUUAGAUCAUAAUGUCCAUAGCCAGAUUGCUUCAUACGAUUAAAACAUUGGAUAUAUGUUUCUUAUCGAAGAAAAAGGCACCGAAGCAAAUAAUUUCGGAAUAUUCAUCAACUGAAACUGUAUAUGUGUUACAGUAAAUAUGUGAAAUCAGGAAUUUCAUGCAUUUCCUAAAUC